AUGCAAGAUUUAUUGGCUCGUUCUGACAGUAUUUAUGUUAACAUUGUGGCAAUUUUUGAAGAUUUGUCGAAUGAAUUACUAUUUGAUAUAUUCGAAUAUUUUGAUGCCUAUCAACUUUAUUUAACUUUUGGACAAUUGAAUGGUCGUUUCAAUUUGUUACUUGCUAAUGCUCGCGUCCAUUUUGAUCUUGAUCCUAUUCCAUUAAAUGAAUUUCCAUCAUUUACUCUUUCACUUAAUCUUAAUCAUAUUCUGUCUUUUACUUCACGAAAUUUAGAAAAGAUACGUUCGUGGCUUUUUGACAACAAUGAAGUCUUGCAGCAAUUUUCUAAAAUUCGUGCACUUACUCUAUUCGACGUUACUUAUGGAAUUAUUAAUCGGUUACAUGAACGUCUUCCUAGCUUGAAGAGUACACUUAUUUACGCCAAUAUUGCUAUUGCCGGUAUGUGA